GCUGCUUGCUGCUGCUGCUGUUUUCAGGAAGCGGAAGCAGGAAUGUUGGAGUGUUUUUUAGAAAAGUUUGGACGUUUGUGACAGCUCCGGAUCAGAGGCGCGGACUGCGGGGAAACAUGACGGUUGAUUAUCUGUUGCUGAUGCUGCUGUAGAGCUGUCGGUCGUCUUCGGCUGGCCUCAGCGCGAACCACCGGGAUGGAGGGAGCAGCUCUGGAAUCGAACACUGCUCCCGAUGUCAGAGUGAAGCCCGUCAGCGUGGCGUGUCUGCGGCGUCAGGCCUGGGCUCACAGCAGAGACUCCAUCUGGCAGGAAUCGAAACCAGAACCCUGCGGCCCCCCGGGGCCCCAGCGGAGCCGGAGCACCGGGGACGCCCAGAGGCCAUCAGUGGACCCAGGACAAAAUCCGAACAAGAUCGCCAGCUGGCUGAUUGAAUGCAGGACCCCCCUCGGAGCCUCUCUCGAUGACCAGAGUCCUCCUCCUCACAAAGGGGUGCCGAGGAACGGCUGCAGCUUUGAAGAUGACCUUUCCCUGGGCGCUGAAGCAAACCAUCUUCUGUCCAACAACAGCAAAACUGAAUCCUGUUACGGUCUGGUGGCGGAUCAGAAGAGGAGUCAGUACAAGGAGAGGGGCAGAAGCAUGAACUCCACCGGCUCGGGGAAGAGCAGCACCGUGUCCAGUGUUUCAGUGAAGUUGGAGCAAUCAGACGAGCAGCCAGUGGAGAUCCUUCUUACCCUGCGUGUGUCCGAGCUGCUGGACCUGUACGAGGAGGACCCCGAGGAGAUCCUCUUCAAUCUGGGUUUCGGUCGAGAGGAACCCGACCUGAACGCCAAGAUCCCGUCCAGGUUCUUCAACAGCUCGUCAGUGGCCCGAGGCAUCGACAUUAAGGUUUACCUAAAAGCUCAGCUGCAGCGCAUGGAACUGGAGAACCCGAACUACGCCCUGACCAGUCGCUUCCGUCAGAUCGAGGUCCUGACGACGGUUGCUAAUGAGUUCUUCCAGCUCUACAGUCAAGUGUCCGGCCAGCCCGUCCAGCGCAUCAGCUCCAAGGAUCAAGAUUCAGAAGGAGGAGACGAGGGGCGGAGCGAGGAGAGGCCUCCUCCCCUGAAGAAGAGCAACUCGGCUCUGAAUGUGGCCAAACUCCUGAAGAAAACCAUCACCAAGCACAACCUGCUGGCCGCUUCGCCCGAGUCUCCGGCGCAGCCCAACGGCCGCACGGCCGCCGUCCCCGGUCCGCCGCAGGACAGCGGCCCGGCGCCCGCCCGGCCCGAGCAGGACGGCGACGCCGCAGACGCCGCCGAGCACAGGGCCGAGGCCGGCGGCCAGAAAGUGGUCCGGAAGAAAGACAACUGCUCCCUGGCGACGGUGACGGAGGAGAGCGGCGGAGACGGGGAGCCGGACCUCCCGUCGGACAGCAGUCCUGAACAGAGCGGCGGCGGCGGCGGCGGACCGGAGGGUCAGGUGGACUCGGCAGACCUGCAGGCUGGCAGUCAGAGCUCUGAGGAGGGAGGCGCUCAGCGGGUCUCGGAGGAGAAGGACCGGUCCUCCUCCUCCUCCUCCUCCCUGGAGAAAGCUCCCGUCACUCUGACGCCGCCACAUCUGGCCCAGCUGCGGACUGAAAACACGGACUCGUUCGACAUGGAGGAGAUUCAGAGCAACGAAGACGAGACUCUCCCGCCCAGAGCGUCCAGAGCCGCGGAAAUGUCCAGGACGGUCAGUCAGCAGUCGGACAGCAGCGGCUUUGCGGAGGAGCCGUCCACCGACUCCGGAAACUCCCUCAAGGUGCAGGACAGCAGCGACAGCUGCGACAGUGAGACCACCGUCACGUCCCACCCGUCCCAAGACCUGACCACGCCCGUCGCCCUGGACCAGCCCACGUUCGACCUGCCCGACACCAGACGGGAAGAGGCGGGACCCGCCGCCGCCGCCGCCGAGGUGGACGGGAGGAGCCGCUCUGUGGAGGGAGACGAGAGUCUGGACCAGUUCCCUCAGUACACGGUUCACCAUCUCCCCAAGCUCACGCCGACGGAGGAGCAGCGGGAGGACAGUGUGGACGAGGACGGCGAGCCGGAACCGGAACCGGAACCGGAGAUCAUCCAGUGUGUGUCUGCUGCUGAACAAGAAACGCCACAAGAGUCAGAAGAGUCAGACGACCCCCAGAGUCAGUCUGCUUCAGAACCAGACCCACCACACACAGACCAGGCCUCAGACAGGGUCCGAGACACCAGUCCACCCGCAGGAGACCCCGGGGAGAACCAGGACCAGCCGGAGUCUCUCCUCUCUGACGAUCACAACGGGUUUGCUCCUCCCACGCCGUCCGCUCAGGUCCUCAGCGCUCUGAACCGAGCCAAGCUGAGCCGGAUGGGCCGGCGGAUCGACCCCGAGAGCGACGAAACGCCCGCCAGCCCCGGGCGAGGGAGAGGAAGCCAGCGCGGCGCGAUCCGCCUCCAGAGGUCUUCGUCCCUGCCCUCCUCGCUCCUCGCGCCGUCCAGGGUGGUGUCGUCCGUCAAGAUCCAGGUGGGGCGGGGCCAGGCGUCCUGCUCCCAGCCCAGGUUCUCUGUCAGAUACACUCAGGAGGACGACCAGCUGGAGGAGGAGGUAAAGCGAGAAGAACGCACCAGCGUCCUGUCCACCCUGGUCAUAAAUCCUGCCCCUAACAAAAAGCCCGCCGCCGCCGCCGCCCCUAAACCCAUCCCCUCCCACCUGAUGCGGUCAUGCUGCUCCCUGCAGAGCUACAGUCCUCCUCCUGAACUGACCCCGGGAGGUCAGUCCUGGAGCACCCAGAGCGUCCCCGACCUGUCCUCCGAUCACCGCCCCCUGAGGCACUUCCCGCCGCCGUCUCCCUCUAACACCAGCGUCAGCCACGCCCAGAAAAGUUGGAACCCGGGCUUCGCAUCGCUCCCCGGUCACAACCCUCCGGCGCAGUAUUUUGACUCCGGUCCGAGUCCCAGUCCGAGGUUCAACUUCAACCCGUAUGGCCUCCCUCAGCACACACACCCACUGCACCACUCACAGCCGUACUCCAGCCUCCCGAACCUCUUCCCCCACCAGAACCCCCCCUCCGGUCCGGCCGGCCUCCACAGCCCCGCACCUCCGCCCGUCCCCCAGCACCAAAGCAUGACCAACCUCCAUCAGCCCUCAAGCUCCAGCCUUCCUUACCACGUCGGCCCUGCUCAUCUCCACCCUGGAGCUCCCAUGAUGCAUCACCAGGGCUUCAGCCAGCCGUACACUAAUCCGUCACCGUAUACCGCCGCUCCAUACGGGACUCAGUCUGCUCCGCAGUUCCUGUCUUAUCACGGAUACAAUGUCAGCUCGUUUCCCCAUCCCGUCUCCCAGUAUCCCCCCCCUGCUGCUGCUGCUGCUGCUCCGCCACAUUUACCCCCAGAGCACAGCCUCUACCCCGGUCUGGCUCCGCUCGCUCCCGGUUUCCACCCCGGCCUCGGAUCGGCCUUCAGCCAGGGUUACAACCCCCACGCUGGGUUUGCCCCCCCUGCUGGCCCGGGUCCGUCCGGAACCGAGCUUCAGCUGAGGAGAGUCCUGCAGGACAUCAGGGGAACCGUCCAGAGCCUCAGCGAGAACCGAGCCAACACUCCGGACACGUUCAGCGAGCGCCGAGCGUCUCAGCCCGGCCUCCAGUCUCUGGCAGAGUUUCAGCAGAAGAGGCGCAGUCUGAGCCUGUUCCGCAGGCAGAUGAUGGACCUGGAGCUGUCCAUCAUGCAGCAGCAGGCGCUGGUCUACAACCACCUGAGCCCUGCGGACAGGAUGGAGGUGGAGAAGCUGCAGUCUCUGAGGUCCAGCGUGAGAGAGGAGCUGCAGGAGCUGGAACAGCAGCUGGAGGAGAAGCUGAUGGAUCUGAUCCACAGCACACAUCACAGAGGUCUUCGAAGCAACAACAGUGUUGAAAACUUGUUCACCGCCUCAGCAUUGCGAGCAAUGGAACCGAUGUCGGAGCUCCUCAGCGAGCAGUUCUACCUCCAGUCGGAGCUCAACUACGACGGUCACGACUUCCCCACCUCCCCCUCCUCCCGGUCGUCCAGUCCGCUCAGAGGACGAGGGCGAAGAGGAGCGGACGGCGAGCAGAAACCAGAACUGUAUCGGACGUCGGUGGACAUAACGCCCGCCACGCCUCCUCGACCGAACGCCCGCAGCAAGGGAAGGCUGCAGAAGAAGAAGGAGGAGCUGGAUCCGAUCCUGACCAGGACGGGCGGAGCGUACAUCCCCCCCGCCAAGCUGCGCAUGAUGCAGCAGCAAAUCACAGACAAGAGCAGUCUGGCCUAUCAGAGGAUGAGCUGGGAGGCCCUGAAGAAAUCCAUCAACGGUCUGAUCAACAAAGUCAACGUGUCCAACAUCGUGAACAUCAUCCAGGAGCUGCUGCAGGAGAACAUCGUCCGGGGGAGGGGGCUGCUGGCUCGCUCCGUGCUUCAGGCCCAGGCGGCGUCGCCCAUUUUCACUCACGUCUACGCCGCCGUCGUCGCCAUCAUCAACUCCAAGUUCCCGCAGAUCGGAGAGCUGAUCCUCAAGCGCCUCAUCCUGGCGUUCAGGAGGAGCUACCGCCGCAACCUCAAGCAACAGUGCCUGACCGCCUCCAAGUUCGUGGCUCAUCUCAUCAACCAGAACGUGGCUCACGAGGUGCUGUGUCUGGAGAUGCUCACCCUGCUGCUGGAGCGUCCCACCGACGACAGCGUGGAGGUCGCCAUCUCCUUCCUGAAGGAGUGCGGACUCAAACUGACCGAGGUGUCGCCCCGAGGAAUCAAUGCCAUAUUCGAGCGUCUGAGAAACGUCCUGCACGAGUCGUCCAUCGAUAAGCGAGUCCAGUACAUGAUCGAGGUGAUGUUCGCCAUCAGGAAGGACGGCUUCAAGGACCACCCCGUCAUCCCGGAGGGCCUGGACCUGGUGGACGAGGACGACCAGUUCACCCACAUGCUGCCGCUGGACGACGAGUACAACACCGAGGACAUCCUGAAUGUGUUCAAGCUGGAUCCAGACUUCCAGGAGAACGAAGAAAAGUACAAAACCAUCAAGCGAGACAUCCUGGACGAGGGCAGCAGCGACUCGGGCGAGGAGGCCGACGGCAGCGACGAGGAAGACGAAGACGAAGACGAGAACGAGGAGGGAGGAGACGAUGAGAAGGUCACCAUCUUCGACAAGACAGAAGUCAACCUGGUGGCUUUCAGAAGGACCAUUUACCUCGCUAUACAGUCCAGUUUGGACUUCGAGGAGUGUGCUCACAAACUGAUCAAGAUGGACUUUCCUGAGAGCCAGACGAAGGAGCUGUGUAACAUGAUCCUGGACUGCUGCGCCCAACAGAGGACCUACGAGAAGUUCUUUGGUCUGCUGGCCGGGAGGUUCUGCCUGCUGAAGAAGGAGUACAUGGAGAGCUUCGAGGCCAUCUUCUCCGAGCAGUACGACACCAUCCACCGUCUGGAGACCAACAAGCUGAGGAACGUGGCCCGACUCUUCGCUCACCUGCUCUACACGGACUCCGUGCCCUGGAGUGUGCUGGAGUGUAUCCGGAUGAGCGAGGAGACCACCACCUCCUCCAGCAGGAUCUUUGUGAAGAUCCUGUUCCAGGAGCUCUGCGCCUACAUGGGGCUGCCCAAGCUCAACCAGAGGCUGAAGGACAUAACUCUGCAGCCGUUCUUCGAAGGUCUCUUCCCUCGUGAUAAUCCCAGAAACACUCGCUUCGCCAUCAACUUCUUCACAUCCAUCGGACUGGGAGGACUGACAGACGAGCUGAGGGAACACCUGAAGAACGCGCCGAAGAUGAUUAUGACCCAGAACCAGGAAGUGGGAUCGUCUGACUCCUCUUCGUCAUCCUCCUCGUCUUCAUCGGACUCCUCGUCCUCGGACUCGUCCAGCGACUCGGACUCGUCCGACUCGGACUCCUCCAGCAGCUCCGACUCGGACAACAAACACAGAAAGAAGAAGAAGAGGAAAGAAAGCGAGGAGAAGAAGAAGAAGAAAGAGAAGGACAGGAAGAAGAAGAAGGAGAAGCAGACGGACAAGAGGCGUAAAAACGACGAGGAGGACAGCGACGACCAGAACCAGGCGAGGAAGGACAAGAGGCACCGCGCACGUGAGGCGGAGGAGCGUGCACGUGACGGCGCCCGGCGGGGGAGACGAGACAAGGACUCCGAAGACGAGGAGCAGCGGAAGAGAGAGGAGGAGGAGAGGAGACGGAAGACGGACAGACAGAGAGACGGCGGGAGGGAGAGAGAGAGGGAGCGGGUGAGAGAGGACCAGAGAGAGAGGGAGCGGGAGAGAGAGAGGGGGAGGGACAGGGACCAGGGGAGGGAGCACGAGCGGGAGCGGGAGCGAGGGAGGGGGAGGGAGGCGGAGGAGAAGAGGGAGACGGAGAGGGACAGAGAGCGAGAGAGGAACAAGGAGAACCGGGACAGGAACAGAGAGGACAAGAGGAGGAGAUGAGCCUCUGUCCUCCAGCAGCAGCCGGACUGGUCCUCCACCCCCCUCGUCCCCCCAUCACCACUUUUUUUUACCUCCUCUCGCGGUCUGAGCGCCGCCCGUUCAUCCCUCCAUCCUCUACACCCUUCUGUAUUUCUGUAUUUUCUAUUGUUGUCGAUGACUUGAGCUAAACAUUAAAAUUGCUUUAGAU